CAUUUGCGAUGCCAUUGUCAAUGGGAACAUGAGCGGAAUACUUCACAUAAACUGCCGCAGAUACGAGUUUUGCACCUUCUCUCGAUUAGAUUAGUUUACAAUCUAGCCAUUGUUCAGGCAUUCUUCGCAAGAGAUCUGCUGCAUGACCUUCGAGAUGGCUACUCUCGCACCAAUCCGAGGCCUGGCACCGCGCAAUUCGUGUGCUCCACUGAGAGCUCACGAAAGCUCGGAUGGCCUCCGACCUUCUCUUCGAGGUACUAAGCUAUGUGUGAAGUUCCCGGCCAUGGCGACAGAUUCCAUGAAGUCGGGCAGGAACACAAUCCUCGCAAGUCAAAACGGAAACGGAAAUGGAAACGGGAAAAGUAGCGCUCAAGGAAGUGCCCAGCCUUGCUUGGGCAACAGCGGAAAGCCUCUGUACACCACUUUGGGCGGCCACCCCGUAUCUGACGACAACAACAGCCUGACAGUUGGUGAGAGCGGGACCGUGACUCUGGAGGAUUUGCACUUGUUCGAGAAGAACGCACAUUUCAAUCGCGAGCGCGUCCCCGAGCGCGUGGUGCAUGCGAAGGGUGCUGGCGCCCAUGGCUACUUCGAAGUGACCAAGGACGUGAGUGAUCUCUGCAAGGCGGGGCUCUUCAGCGAAGUCGGCAAGAGAACUCCGGUAUUCGCCCGCUUUUCUACCGUGACCGGAGAGUCAGGGUAUGCGGACACGGCGAGGGACCCUCGUGGUUUCUCGCUCAAGUUCUACACGGAGGAGGGCAAUUGGGAUAUGGUGGGUAACAACACCCCGGUGUUCUUCGUCCGCGACGCGGCGAAGUUCCCGGACCUCAUCCACUCCCAGAAGCGCAACCCACAGACCCACAUGAAAGACCCCAACGCUUUCUGGGAUUUUCUCAGCCUAGUUCCCGAGUCUCUGCAUCAGGUGUUGAUCACUUUCUCGCCCCGGGGAGUUCCCGAUGGUCAUCGUCACAUGCACGGCUAUGGCUCCCACACAUUCAAGUGGGUAAACAAGGAAGGGAAAGCUCACUGGGUGAAGUUUCACUUCAUCAGCGACCAAGGCAUCAAGAAUCUGACUCACGAGCGAGCCGUUGAGCUUGCGGGAAUCAACCCCGACUACUCCACCGAGGAUCUCUUCCAGAACAUCCAAAACGGUAAUGGGCCGUCGUGGACAUUCAAGGUGCAGGUGAUGCCUCUGGAGGAUGCGCCUUCGUACCGAUGGGAUCCAUUCGAUUUGACCAAGGUGUGGCCACACGCGGACUACCCGCUGCGCGAAGUAGGGAAGCUAAAGCUGGACCGAAAUCCGACCAACUACUUCGCCGAAGUGGAGCAAGCAUCGUUCUCACCAGCACACAUGGUGCCUGGAAUCGAAGCUUCUCCCGAUCGUGUGCUUCAGUUCCGUCUGUUCGCAUACGAUGACGCCGCCCGGUAUCGCAUAGGAGGGAAUUAUUUGCAGGUUCCAAUCAACCAGUGUCCGUUUGCGAAAGUGCAAAACUAUUCUCGUGACGGGCAGAUGACAGUGACCGACAACGGUGGAAGCAAGCCCAACUACUACCCCAACUCACACGAAGAGUUGCCACGUCCCGAUCCUUCUCAACCCGAAGUGCACCCCUACGAGCAUGCAGGAGGAACCGUGUCUAAAGCUCCGCCCCGCAAGUGGUCCGAGCAAGAUGACUAUGAACAGCCAAGGAUGCUGUGGCAGAAGAUGUCGAAGGAAGACCAGGGGCAGACAGCUAAAAACAUUGCUGGGCACAUCCAGGGUGCCAAGGAGUCCAUCAUUGAGCGUCAGAUGGGAGUGUUCAGACGCUGCGACCCGUCUCUGGCUGACAAGGUGGAGGAGAUGUUGGGAAUGAAGAAGAAAUCUGAGGACCCAUACACCAUGGUGGCUUAACUUUGGCUUCGAAAUGGUAACGACCCAGCUUUUUCAUCUGCCAAAACACACAUGUAUACACACAUCGAUAGCCUUGUUUCGAAGGGAUGCACGCGAGGAGGGAGUGUAGACCAACACCGAUCCCUUGUGCAAGAAAAGCUUCUGUACACUGUUGCGAAAUAGGAUGUGCGUAGCAGGCUCUGCUAUUGCGCUUAGAUUCCUUGUACAAGUGUAGCAUUUGUUAGCUCAGCAUCUUUGCCGAUUCUACAGUUUUGUAGUCUAAUUGACCCAAAUGUCGCUGUACAAUUGUUGCUCCGGACAUGGGACUUCCUUCCCCAUUUCAUUCAUGUGGAUAAUCUACGUUUUCUUUCACUUGAACUUGCGAACGGAGGGUUGAUAAAAUGAU